GUUUUGAGGUAAGUGCUGUUAUCUGCCAACAAUAUAAUUGUUUUCGCUAACGUUGUUAACAUGUUUAACGUUGACGUUAUAAUGGAAUGGAAAGCAAGCUAGUCGGCUUGUCAGCUAAGCCCUUCUGAGUUUGCAGGUAUGAUAUCUGGAGGACAACCCACAGCGGAGACUGCUACUGGCGAAGUCACAGAAAUGGACACAACUGCCACCGCAGCUGAGCAUGAGAAGAAAUCAGUUCGAGGCAGAAGGGCAAAAACAGCUGAGGAUAAACGAGAGGCAGCAGCAGAACAGUCUGAAGAUCCUGUCGUCCCUGCUCCAGUCAGAGGAAGAAGAGGGAAGACAACUGAAGCUGCAGCACCACCUGCUGUGAAACAAACAAGAGGCAGAAAUGCAAAGUCUCAAGAAGGCAGGGAUGUUGAGCUCGCAAUGGAGAAAAGUGCGUCCCUGCCUCCCAAAGUUGCCUUUAAGCCUAGAAGAGGAAGAAAUGCCAAAAAAGCGUCUGAAGAUCAACCUGAGAUGGUCCAAGAGGUUGCCCCUGAAAUUGAACAGAAUCGGCCUGUUGAUUUUGAUGUUGACCAAGAAGCACGUGACAGUGCAGCACCCCUGGAGAAGGCUGUGUUGAAGCCCAAGCGAAAAACUAAACAGCCUAGUACUCACCGUGACGGUGUCCCCCAAGCUGACAAGGCUAAUGAUGCAAAUGAGGUCUGCAGUGACCAGCUGGAGGUGGUGCUCAGUGGAAGUGAUGAAAAUCAAGAACAACCCACAGUGGAGACUGCUACUGGCAAAGUCGCCGAAUUAGACACAGCUGCCACCGAAGCUGAGCAUGAGAAGAAAUCAGUUCGAGGCAGAAGGGCAAAAACAGCUGAGGAUAAACGAGAGGCAGCAGCAGAACAGUCUGAAGAUCCUGUCGUCCCUGCUCCAGUCAGAGGAAGAAGAGGGAAGACAACUGAAGCCGCAGCACCACCUGCUGUGAAACAAACAAGAGGCAGAAAUGCAAAGUCCCAAGAAGGCAGGGAUGUUGAGCUCGCAAUGGAGAAAAGUGCGUCCCUGCCUCCCAAAGUUGCCUUUAAGCCUAGAAGAGGAAGAAAUGCCAAAACAGCUUCUGAUGGUCAACCUGAGAUGGGACCAGAGAAAGCUGUGGAAACAACACCGGUGACUGAGAUUUCCACUGAAGCUGUGAGUGACCAGACUCAAAUAAAAGAAAAUGAUUCUGCCCCCCCUGCAGAGGAAGCUGUCCUGAAGCCCGUUAGAGGGAGAAAAACUAAACAAACUCCUGUUGGGCCACCUCAGCCGGAGCCAGAGAAAAAUGAAGUUGGGAUUAAUGAGCCUCCCACAGCAGAUGCACAACCUCAAAAGUCCAUUCUUAGUCUUGGAAAACCCAGGAGAGGGAGACAGACGAAGGCUGAUGCUGUUGACCGGGACGAGGUGAUGGAAGACACGGUUGUUGCUGUGGAGACCAAGCAGCGGUCUCAGCCUCCACUCAGGGCUAAGAGGGAAAUAAAUGCUAAACAGGACGAAGAAAAGCUAGAGUCUACUUCCGUUGGGACUGCUACAUCCCAGGAGCCAGCUAAAAAACUGAGGAGAACCAGGAAGGCAGAGCAAGACGUAGAACCGAGAGAAGUCCAAGCCGCUGAAAUGGUCGUUCCAGAGAAGACUGAAGCUCCACUUGUUGCCGAACCAGUCAAGAUGGAUGAACCGACCACAGUGGCCGCAAAACCCAGGAGAGGAGGGCGGAACGCAAAACAAGGCCCCGUGGAGUCCACCGAGGUCCAAGAGGUCCCUGCCGUCAGCUCCGCAGACAAACUCAAAAGGGGUAGGAGAGGAAAACCGGUCACUGAAGAGGUUGGAGUCACCGCUGUAGUACCAGAGGACAAACCUGACCACGAGCUGGAGGCUGAAGAGAAGAAUAUCGCUGAGCCAGACGCUCCAGUCAUUAAACCGAGCAGGGCAAGGGGGGUGAAAAAUGUCGUAAUAAAUGAGGUUUCACAAGCCAUUCCAGCCAAGGGAGCCCGUCGAGGUGCAGCUCUUCCCCUUGAUGAGUCCAAUGCAGAAUCCACAGAGCCUGCGCCAACUUCAGUAGAGCCCGCCAAAAGAGGGAGACGGGCAGCAGCAGCAGCAAAGCCCACAGCAGACGAUGCCACAGUGACCGGAGAGCGUCCUAAUCCCGCCGAAGAUUCAAGCAAUGCUGUUGUGGAAGACACCAAAAUGUCCAAAAGAUCCGUGAGGUGGAAAGCAGAUGUGGAAGUCUUUGACAUUUCAAGAGUCAGCCUAACACCGGUAAAGGCAGUUCGAGGUAGGAAACCAAAACGCGUGUCGGAGUCUGCACUAAAAGCACAAGUGCGUCAAAGGAUGCUAACCAAACUGAAGAGAAGGAUCUCUCAGACAAAGAGAGCCAGGCGAGGGGCAAAGGUCGCCGAUGUAACCACCGAUGAAGCGGGUGAAAAGUGUUGAGGCUGAGACACAGCCAAACACCCGAAGAGGAAGAAUCGCUAAGAAAUAAAAGCGCUUUGUAUAUAUUCUUAAUCCUAAUUGCAUUUUUCUUAUCUUUUUGUACAUUUUCAAUACAGCAGGGAAUUUUCUAACCAGUUAUUUUGUUACAAGCUGUAUGUUGUUCAUUGCAGAUUUUGCAAAUUUCAUAUUGUGAAAAAGGUUUUUAGAUUGGCCAACUACUUGAAAUAAAGAACACAACAAUUCCCAGAA